UACUCCGCCCCCGGUUACUAUAACAACCCCAGGGACGCGAUGCAGACACUGCAGAGUCCUCCUAUAUGUGUAUAAUACGUCUCAGGAAAGAGCCCAGUCAUAUAGUGAAAGAGUAAAGGCAAGAUGUCUACAGAUGAGAUACUCCAACGAGCCACACUUUCCCCUGACCCUGCUAUGUACAGGCCAAGACCAUCCUCUGAAAAAACGCAGGAUAUCUCUCACUUAUUAACAAGCCUCUUUAAAAACGUUUAUACCGGAGAAGUCAUUGGUAAAGAUACAGGGGCCAACCUGAUCCGGUCUAAGGGAGGAGACAACCCUUAUCAUAACAAAUUUGUGGAGGAUCUUCAACAGGUCCGCACAGAGUAUGAUCGCAGAAUGGCUGAGUGUGACAUGAUAGAGCGACACAUCAUUCAGGCACGUGCGCGGGCUACUGCAGAGGAGGAGCGGAGACUUACCUCCCUGAAGAAUGAAGCUGGGGAGACAUUCCAAAGUCUGGGGUUACCCGCAGUGGAAUCGUACUUUAGAUGGUGUGUGGAUGAUGACCUUCUCAAGAAGCAUAAACUCAUCUGUCCUAAAGAUUACAUCACUGAUGUGUAUCCCAUUACAAAAGCUCCUAAAGGACAUUCUGAUCCUUCUUUUUACAAAGAGACUUUCAGUUUCCAUCAGCACAUUUCCAGAAGCCCUGUAGAUGAUGGCUAUAGUGACCCCUCACCUCUGGACAGAUCUUUAAAGUGUCGUGAAGAAGCCUCUUCCCCUAGCUUGACUUCAUUAUCCACAUCUGAGGCAGAAUAUCAAAGUCAAAGAAAGUCAAGUAAGAAAUCCACAACAUUAAAGAAGAGAUCUCGGAAGCAGGAGAUGAAUUCAGAAGAAAGAGAAGCUGAGCGUGCCCGACUUGCUCAGCUAGAAAAAAGACACAAUUUCCUUAAAAAUCCACGUUUUUUACCCCCGAACAGCUUGCAUGGCGGGCGCUCCCUCAUUCUCCCCACAAAGAGAAAGGAGUCCUUAAUUCCUGGGAAAAAUAGAGUCACCGAAGAACAUGAUGAAAAUGAUCUUAUACCUGUGUUUCUUGCUAAUCCACCAUUUGUUAUCUUCUCCGAGUAUGAUGUUGGACAGAUAUAUGAGGUAACUGUGGAGUUGAGAAAUAUGACGGCAGCAAGCCGCCACGUGAGAGUUAUCCCUCCAUCCACCCCAUACUUCUCUGUGGGCCUUGGAAAGUUUCCAGGAGCAGGAGGGAUCGUUGCUCCUGGGAUGAGCUGCCAUUAUACAGUGCGCUUUGUUCCUGAUUCUCUGGCUGAUUUUGAGGAUUUUCUACUGGUUGAAUCCCAAGCUAUGUAUCCUGUUUUAGUCCCUAUAGAAGCUAGGAGAUCACCGCCAGUACUGACAUUGCCUCGAAAUCUGGACUGUGGCCCUUGCUUAGUUGGAGGAGUGAAGCUCAUUGAAUGUAUCUGCAGGAAUGAAGGUCUAAAUCGUGGAAGGUUCUGUAUUAUGCCCAAAAGUCUGUGGCCCCCUGCAAACUUCAGAAGUGUAGCGGCUGCAGGAUUUGUGGAACUGGUACCUUUCGGCAUCCGGCCUGCUAUGUUUGAAUUGUAUCCUGGUCAAGAAACCAUUAUUGAGGUUGUCUUCUUCCCCACAUCACCAGAAACCUACAGCCAGGUUUUCACCAUUGCUUGUGAUAACUGCCAGGUCAAGGAUAUUACAUUAACAGGAUAUGGACAACUUUUAGGGUUGGAGCUGAUAUCUGUCAGUGAGGACACGGGUGUUUCUGGCUGUGAUGAACUUACUGACGUUACUGAUGAACACUUAAUACUGUUUCAAAGCACAAAUUUAUAUUCAGCGCCAAAGAAGAGUAUUGUUAUCAGAAACACAACGCAUGUACAACUCCCAUUCUACUGGCAGAUUAUGAAACCAAAUCUACAAGGGUUACUGCCGGGAGAACAAGCGGAUGUGGGGAAGAUUGAGUUUACUGCUGAUUCAAGCACAGCUUUCACUAUGACCCCAGUACACGGCAUCCUGCAGCCUCAUCAGGACCACAUGUUCACUGUGACUUACACUCCCACUGAGCUCAUUGAAUAUCACAGUGUGGCUCAAAUGGUAUUGAGAGACGUCCCAGAUCCCCCAAGUGUAGAAAAGCAUCCAUCCAGCUUUGCCGAGCUGGAGCCAAGACUGAAUGAUGUCAUUGUCCUUGACCUAGAACUUAGAGGCACCACGGAGCCAUUUCAUUUACUUUUGGAGCCAUAUGCCGUUAUCUUCUCUGGGAAGAGUUUUAUUGGCACUACUAUAAGAAAACACUUUAUGAUGUGGAACAACAGCAAGUCUUCAAUUCAGUAUGAAUGGGAAAACAUCAUCACUCCAAACAUCAUUCAGAUUGAACCACACUAUGGAAACAUUGCUCCCAGCAAGUCCUGUGAAUUUGAAUUGCUCUUCACUGGAAUGCAGACUGGGUUUAGCAGUGAGAACGUGAGCUGCCACAUCACACAUUCUCCUGAGCCUGUGGUCAUGCAUGUGGAAGCCACUUUUAAGGGGCCUUCGGUUUCUAUCAUUGUUCCAUCACUUGACUUGGGGCUCAUAAAAUUGGGCAACAGAAGCAUCAGCAUAUUAACCAUAGAAAACAAGAGUCCCCUAGCGGCACAUUGGAGGAUUCACGAGAGCAGAGCUUGUCUCACUGAGAGAGGAGAAGAGGAGUCACAGUUUUAUUUCUCUCCAGAGAGCGGAGAGUUACAGCCCCUGGGAACAGCACAUAUGUCAGUUAUAUUUAAGCCAUUGUGCUGUCAGAGGCUGGAGACGGUGCUGGAGCUGGAAGUAGAAAACAGUGAUGGCAGCUAUCUACCGGUAACAGCUGAUGUCCAGGUGCCCCAGGUCUGCCUUCUUUCCAGUUCCCUGGUGUUCACCAAGAUCUACCUAGAAGUCCCAGUAAAGUCAACAAUAAAAAUGUUUAACCAGGGACAGCUCCCGGCAAAGUUUUCCUGGAGUCCGCUAUUGGCAAGCCAUUCUAGUGUUUGCGCGGCAAGUGUUAGUCCAUCAAGUGGUGUGUUAGGACCUAAUAAAGAGGCUGAGAUGUGCGUGACGCUGAUCCUUCAUACCUUGGAUGAAGUGAAAGAUCUGCCAAUGUGCUGCUUAGUUGAAGACAUGAAGGAACCUCUGGUUUUGACUGUGAACGCAAAAGCCCAAGGUCUAUACGUCAGCUACUCCUUGCCUACUGUAGGAGAGAGCAGGAGUGAAACGUCUCCCCCGUCGCCUGAAGAGCUGCUGCUGGACUUUGGGUCAGACGUUGUCCUGCAGAGUACGGUGAAGCGGACGCUGGUUCUAACCAAUCACUCUGGGAUAUCUGCACCCUUCUCAUUACAAGCUGCGUAUUUCACUGGUAUCCUCACUCCACAAGUGCCGCAAACCACUACUGCCAAAUUAUCUCUGAUCCAAAAGACUGCGAGGGUUGCAGAACAGAUCGCUAAAAGGGCUGAAGCUGAUUUGAGAACAUCAAUAUUAUCCGAUGGACGGGGGGCAGCAUUCAUCCCUCAGCCAAGCUGUGGUACACUGGGGCCAUUCCAGCAGAUAUCCAUUGAUGUGACUGCUUAUAACAAUAUGUGGGGAGAGUAUUCAGACCAGCUUAUCUGUACGGUUGGUGAUCUAAAUCCUAAGGAGAUAGCUAUGAAGAUGACAGUGAAAGGAUGCCCUAUAUACUUCCAGAUGACAGGACCGAGGCCUGAUAGACAGACUGAAGGGCCUGUGCUAAGGUUUGGAACUCACGUGUCAGGUGGAGAUACAGUUUCUCGCUGCUUGAGCAUUAACAAUCCAAGUCCUUGUGAUAUUCGCAUAGACUGGGAGACUUAUAACCGAGAACGUGAUAGUUCCCAGCUUUUAGACCUUGUGUUGCUUUAUGGAGAGCCUUUCCCCUUGAAGGACAUAGAUGGGAAUGAAAUUGUUGAUUCCAAUUUGGAUUUUCCAGAAAGUGAAGGCUCUCCUCUGAACUGGGAUAAAAUCCCCAGUACAUCAUGGACUUCGUCAUCAGCUUCUUUCAGAAGCACUGAUCACGUAGAAGGUGAAGAACAGAUAGAGGAAGCAGACAAGGAAGUGAAUGUGAACCAUAAUGAUCACGAAAAACAAUUAACACCAGAAGAGAAAUUAAUUUCUGUUAUUCUGAGACCUCACGAGGGAGUCGCCUCCGAUUACCCAUACUGCAUCACUCCAAGGCAGACGAUUGUUCCUGCUGGUAGGUGCAGCACUAUACAUGUGUCAUUCACUCCCCUAAUGCUGUCUGACAUCACCAGUAAGAUAAAGUGCAGCGGAUACGCCCUGGGAUAUCUGAGCCUGGAUGACAAGUCUGCAAAAUUGAUACCUGGGAAGGUGAGACGUCUGCAUGGAUAUGGGGUGGAGCCAAUUAGAAUGGAACUCCGGGCACUUGUGAAGCCUGCGCUACUGACUGUAGAGGCUGAAGAUGAGGAUGAGGAAGGGCUGGUGUUCUACUCUGCAGCAAGUGACCUCAUUCCAAACAGGACAUCACCAAUUCUAACAAAGUUUGAAACAACCCGAAACCUAAAGCUGAAGAACUGCACAGAGACGCCUUUAUAUUUCCGCCUGUUACUGUCCAAACCUUUCACCAUUUUGGCUGUGGAUCCAAAUAAAAGCAUCAGGACAUCGCAGAGUGACCGUGAGGAGCAUGGCGGGCAGCUGGUGCUACAACCACAGCAGAAUACACUGGUGAAAGUGUCAUUCUGCACAACGCUGGAACUGCUGAGCUAUCAGAACCUGCCGGAUGAUCAGAUGCUGUCUGGGGUGAAGCUGCUGCAGGCAGAGGAUGGAGGAAGGAAGCUGCAGUUUAUGCAGCAGCUGGUUAUUGAGUACAGUAAUAAGAGCACCCAGCAAGUCCCCCUGACUGCGUACCUCACCGUGCCGGCGUUCCAGCUCUCCUGUGACACUGCAGACUUCGGCACAUGCUUUGUGGGGCAAACAAGGACACGAGAGGUUUUCCUGAUGAACAAAAGUGGAUCCAAGAGUUACUGGACGGCACUGCUAGUAGUAUUUACCCUCUCACACGCAAAGUUUACACUACGAGGGAUAAGCGGUACACGGGAUGGUGACGAAGACGCGCAGGAAAGACACAGUGGGCAGGGGGUAUUUUCCAUCUCCCCCAGCAGCGGAAUGCUUGAUGCCCACGUCAGUCACACAUCUACCAGUAAGGAGGCGUUAUUGGUCACCUUCACAGCACGGACAAACACAGACUAUGAGACCGUAGUCAUGGUGCACGGCAUGCUGGGAGAGAAGUCUUUGAGACUACAAAUAAAAGGACGAGGAUCCUACGAUGAGAAAUAUGAAAAAUUACUUAAUGUGUAGUGGACAAGAUUCAACCAUGUUCUUUUUUAGUAGUCCAAAGUGUACCUGUAAUACGUGUAUACAAUGUAAAUAUUUCACAUAAUAAAUAUGGACUUCUUAUUCCCUUCCUUUAA